GCUGGUCGUUCCCAAUAAAGGCUAUUCUUCUUUAGACCAGAGUCCUGACGAGAAGCCGUUGGUAGCGCUGGACACUGACAGUGACGAUGACUUUGAUAUGUCCAGAUAUUCCUCCUCGGGAUAUUCGUCGGCAGAGAUCAACCAGGACUUGAACAUCCAGCUGCUCAAGGACGGGUAUCGGUUAGACGAGAUCCCGGACGACGAGGACCUCGACCUCAUCCCCCCGAAGUCGGUCAACCCCACUUGCAUGUGCUGUCAAGCCACCUCCUCCACCGCCUGCCACAUCCAGUAAACGAGGAAAGCCCGGCGAGGGGGUGGGGGGGUGACCAGUGCUUUCCGCUAUAACUGUAAAACUUAACAGCCAUUGCUUCCUCCUAUGGUAGGACGUGCACCUCUUUGUGUUUAUGGAGCCAGGAGAAACCAAAAACCAAACAGAUAUUCCUUUUAUGGUCCUCUUCUCAUUUUUGUUUGAACCGAGCGUAAGCAAACUCCUGACGCGUCAGGUGUGUUGUUUCUGGUCCGGAAGGCCGGUUUUGGAUCCCUCUCGACCCAGAGACGUGUUAGCAGGGUUCACGGAUGGGUUCCGGGAGGGAAUCGGUUGAGAGGUGCUGCCGUGAGCGCGGCUGGAGAACGGUGGGAGCCAGGUGGUGCAAGAGGCAGGGUCUCUCGCCGGGGGUGGCCACGAUCAGGAGGAAGGAGCAGAAAUUUAAGUAUAGGAUCCUCAAUCAUGCCAAGAUGAAUUUGUGGUUUGGGGGGAAAA